AAUAAACCCACAUUCGAUUUCGUUCAUUCGACUUGUCGCCGGCAACGCACGCGCACGUUACUGCUGCACUUGAUUACUAUUUUUUUUAUUAUUACUGUAUAAUCGUCAUUAUCGUUAUAGUGUCGAUCAUUCCCAUCGCAUUCCGCGUAUUUUGUACCGUUGUGUACUCAUAGUCCACGCGACGAAGACCGCGGUCUACGGUUUUUCUUCUUUUCCCCGACGUUUUAGAUUUUUAAUCUUUUCAUUUUGUCUCGCGUUCGGCUCGAUCGAACCCCGUGGCUGCAGUGCGCCGUUUGUACUUUUAGUCCACCCUCUACUUGGAUUAAUAUAAUAUAUACACCAUACGUUCGAACCGCUGCAUUGUCGUGUGACACACCUGAAGCUGUACUUCAACAUUAUUUUUCAGGAGUAAAUGGGUUUUACGACUGAACAAUGAGUGUAAGGACAUCUGUUUGUUUGAUUUCUUUGAAUAUCCUUUUAGGAUUCAUUUUGUUCGUUAGAGGUGAACAUUUCUAUUUACCCAAGGAAAAUAAUGUUUUCUCUAAUGAUUUGCAAGAUGACUGGGUACCGGUAUCGGGCAUUGAUAAAAGGUCAACUAGACUCAACAAUGGAUUUUCACAAGUUGUUCAUAUAACGCCACCUGUUCGGUAUACCAACCGACCGCUCAACGUACAACCAGCGGCUUCUAACAAAAUUGAAGUGUUCGCUCAACCACCACCCACUAUAUUAGGUUCUUUUAGCGAAUUUGGUCACGCAACUAUCGAAGCACGAGAGCCAGCACACACUUUAAAUUUCAGGCCUAGCUAUAACUUUGACAGACAUUACGAAGAGAGUAACGACCGGCGUUUUCAACAGAAUGACUACAAUGAACCAGAAGACCAAAAGCCUCCCGCAAUCGUAGUAUUCAACGCUCAACAACGUCACCCUCAAAACUAUCAAAAGCCACCGCCAAUACAACCACCUCCGCAAUUCUAUCAAAACUUCCAAUACCAUAACAUAAACAACAACCCAAACAACAACCCCAACAAUAAUAACCAAAACAACAACCAUAAGAGCUUUGGGUUUAAGGAACCGCCAAUCGUACAAGAUCCACCUAAGAGACUGACGCCAUAUUAUGUGCCCAAUGAUCAUAUUUUCCCGAGACCGCAGGGCAAUAACAAACAGGUGUAUGCGGAACAGCGGCCAAAACCUUAUUUGGUAAACCCCUCAGAUCCGAUACAACAACAACAUAAGCAACAUCACCACCAUCACCAACACCACCAACAACAACAACAACCACCACAACAACAAGAAUAUAUAUCGUCUACAGAAGGAGGAUCGUCGGCCUACUUCCAGAAGUAUCCAGGUCACGUCGAAAACCAAAACUUAUACCCUCAGAUCUCAAAUUUCGCACGACCGUUCGAACAGACGAAUGGAGAUCAAAACGUUUUUAUAAAACCCAAUCAGUAUGUGCAAAACUUGAACGUAGGUACAGAAGUGCGGUUCGGCCAAGAAUCCGGUGGUCAACCCACCCGACCGGUUACCGUGGACUUGUCAACCGCGUUCACGCACCCAGCGACCAGGCCGUUCAGCAAGUACCAAACACCGACGCCCAAAAACGAAGAGCUUUAUCGGAUAUUCCCGGUCAAGGAAGUCAACGCGCUUCCCGCUUUUUUACCUACACCAAUUACCCUGGGCCAGCAACAACCCGUGAACGGCCGUCCGAAGGCGCCUUACUUCAAGGAAGCAGCGGUGGUGGGUAGUUCGUCGGAGUACGACGCUCGCGAGGAACAGGACGAGAACGAGUCCAGCGAGCAGUAUGAUAUACUGAAAAGUCCUACCAAACCAAUGUCGACCUCGACUACAACCACGACCACGGUCGCGCCUAAGACGACGCGCAAACGAAAACCGUCGACGACGACGACGACAACGACGACUACCUCGACGACCACCGCCGUGCCGGACGAUUACGACGAGUACGCUGUGCCCAAUCGUCAACAGUUGCAGUUACAAGAACACCAACAGGACUACCGUCCACGACAACCAUACCAACAACUGCACCAGGAUUACGAAACAGUGGUUGUUCCGACGACGACGGAGGCAUCCACUACCUACGCGCCCGUCAGAGAAGAACGACCGAUUCCUGUUUCGGUGAAUAAGUUCAAGAAAAAGAAACCUUUGCCGUCGUCCAGGCCUAAAGAAACGUACCCGACAGCCGAGUAUGAAUACGUGCCCGAACGAGUGACGUUGGCACCGACCACCACGACCACAGUUGCGGCGACCACGACCGCGGCUACCACAACGACCACGACCGCAUCGCAGUCGAGUGCCGCCGAUGUUGCGGCGUCGGACGCGCGCGUAAAAACCAAAGCCAAAUACGGUAACGGUACGCGACCGCGGUUCAGUAUCAAAGACUAUAAAACCACGACUAGUACGACGACUACCACCAGCACGGAGAAAGCGCCGUAUACGAUAGGACGGAGGACGACGACCACCGCGAGUCCCGCGCCCACGGAUCCGGAAACCGCCGAACAGCCCGCAAACACGACAGUCCGGAAGUCGUACAAGCCGCGAGUUCGGCCCAACCGGUACAAGGCUGGCACGUCGACGACGACUACCACGGAAGAACCGCAACAACAACAGCAACAGGACACCACCACGGAACGGGCGGCGUAUCGAAGCAAAUACAAACCCGGCAAGUACUACAACAGACUGAGAACAAGCACUGAUUCGGCGGCGGCUAUGGUGGACGACGGUGGUGAACCGGCGGCCGCCACGGAGCCGACUAGACCGGCAGUGUACUCGGCCAAACGGCGGACCGUGCCGACCAUCAGGACGGCCGCGGUGCAAUCGGCUACGGUCACGGCAGCCGAAGAGCACAACGCGCUUAGGAGGAGUUCGUCAGUGUCUCCGAUCGACGAUAACACUUCCGACGCAAUGGACGCAGCGUCUUCCGAAGACGUAGACUACGUCGCAACCACGGUAGCGGUAACUCCGGUGGCACCAAGGCACAAGUACCAUACUUCGUACGCGGCCGACAGACCGCUGUUGCCCAUCGAAUCGUUCUUCCAGUCGUCCAUGACCAGUAAACGGCAUCAUAACGAGAGGCGAUGAUAAUCGAUGCUAUACAUAUACGCAAAGCAGCUCAACACGUAAUAUUAUAAUAUUAAUAUAGUGAUAAAUUAUUAGAACAGUGAUGUUCUACUACUGUAGGUGCUUACGACAAAUAGCUGAGAAAUAUCCGAUCACACGACGCAGAAUGACAGUUAUGCACUAUAUGUAUCCAUAUAUCUAUUUAUUUUAUAUUUAUAAACAAGCGAUCGGAGUACUUAAUUUUUAAUACAUAAAUGAUUUUAUAUCGAUGUGAAUAUGAAUUUCCGUAACUAUUAGCUUCUUUGUUUCGUGUUAAUGGUUUUCAGUUUUGCUGUCUGAUUAUGCACCGAAACCUGCGUGUACUGGAUGAUCGGAUAUUUCUUGGCUUUUGUGUAAUUCAAUACCAUAAUUAUCGUUAUUGCGUUUCGCCGUCGUCGCCAAUCUAUGCAUUUUGUACUACGACAUAAUAGUAGGUUAGGUACACAUUUCUAUACUCGUUAGGUAGUCUCAUCGUAGGCCACUUUCCUCUAAAUAUAAAUUAUAUUAUCUGAUUAAUAUUUCGUUGUGACAUUAUUAUUGUAGUAAGUAGUUUUUUUUUUAGAACUGUACAUAAAAAUAAUAUUUAUAGUUUUAACACGUAGUUUUGUAUUUAAUUUUUUUUUUAUUAUAAUAUGUAUCUUAUUUACACUUAUUUAUUUGAAUAAUAAAAACAUAUUCCAAUCGUUAA